CGGUGUUCGCGGUGGUGCACGCCGGUACGUGUAUAACUCGGUGCUGCGAGAAGUUCGCAGCGUGGACGGGAUCGUGGCAAACACGUUGCGAUAAAUUCGUGGAUCGUUGUGUCACCGAACAUACCGGCGUACGCCAGAGACGAGGCAACAUCGUUAGACGGGAUCCAUCGGCUCGCACCGCGUUGUGUUCUUAUUCACCGUAAACAAGCGAGUCGUCGCACGACAGAUAAUUUAUUCUGGGCACAGGAAACCACACACACAACAAAAUGGAUAACAAGACACCGACGGAAUUGGACACUUUCCUGCCCACGGACGGGUCUAACGUGAAAGAUGGCGUACUGACCAAAUACAAAGUACAAGUCGCUCCACGAGAUGUAGAAGCUCAAGGAGAUGGGAAAACUUUCGAUCCAUUCAGUGAACGAAAAGUUGAUAAUCCAACGACGGACUGUGACACAUUAACGCAUUUACUGAAAGCUUCGCUUGGAACGGGUAUAUUGUCCAUGCCAAUCGCUUUCAAGAAUGCCGGCCUCCUCCUUGGCGUAUUUGCUACGAUCCUUGUAGCGUUUGUCUGCACGCACUGUGCAUACAUUUUGGUAAAAUGUGCGCACGUUCUUUAUCACAAAACGCACCGCACGCAAAUGAGCUUCGCCGAUAUAGCGGAAGAAGCGUUUGCUACGGGACCAGAAUGGGGAAGAAAAUUCUCAAAGCCGAUUAGGUAUCUCAUACAAAUUAGUUUAUUUACAACGUACUUCGGCACCUGCAGCGUGUACACGGUAAUCGUUGCGAUGAACUUCAACCAAAUCAUCGACCAUUACAACGAUCCCGAAGCCGGUCCGUUCAGUAUCAGGUUAAUGACAGCCUGUUUGCUGAUCCCAAUGAUAUUACUCAGUUGGAUUCCCAACUUGAAAUACCUCGCGCCUAUUUCUAUGGUGGCCAAUAUAUUCAUGGGAACAGGCUUAGGAAUAACUUUCUAUUAUUUAGUCAUGGAUAUACCACCCAUCACGUCUGUGCCUUUAUUCGCGUCUAUCGAGGACUUUCCGCGAUUCUUCAGCAUUACUAUUUUUGCCAUGGAGGCGAUAGGUGUUGUAAUGCCGCUGGAAAAUAACAUGAAAACGCCGCAACACUUUGUCGGGAUUUGCGGUGUUCUCAAUAAAGGAAUGUCUGGAGUCACCCUUAUAUACAUUUUACUUGGAUUUUUGGGUUACGUAAAAUACCAAGACCAAACGUUGGACAGUAUCACGUUGAACUUGCCGACGGAAGAAAUACCCGCCCAAGUUGUGAAGAUUUUGAUAGCUCUCGCAGUUUAUUGUACAUUCGGUUUACAAUUCUAUGUUUGUCUCGAUAUCGCGUGGGACGGUAUAAAGGAUAGAUUCCAGAAGAAACCUAUGCUAGCAAAUUAUGUUUUGAGAACUGUUAUGGUCAGUGGCGCAGUUCUCUUGGCUGUGAUUGUACCGACUAUCGAACCUUUCAUUGGAUUGAUCGGUGCAUUUUGCUUCUCCAUCUUAGGGCUGUUAAUUCCUGUGUUCAUCGAAACCGUAACUUACUGGGACGUCGGUUUCGGCCCAGGCAAUUGGGUAGCGUUAAAGAACAUCGUCAUAUGUAUCAUUGGUCUCAUGGCUUUAGUAUUUGGCUCUCGUAGCGCUCUAAUACAAAUUGUGGACAUGUACAGAUAGAUCUGUACAUAUACCAAUACUCCAAACUAAAAUUGUUUGAAAGCCACUUCACCGAGUCGAACGCAAUAAAUUUCUGAUACUUUAGGAAGACAAUCAUAAGAAUUAAAAAAAAAAAAAUGACCGGUUCAGAAAUAUCAAUUGCAAUAACGUACAUCAGAUGUAUGGAAAACAAAGAUUUCUAUCAGAAAUUUAGUUGCUACUUAUGUGCCUACAUGAAGUGCUCUAGUAAGAUAGGAAAAAAGAAACUAUUGCAAUAACAAACAUUGAGUUGAUUGUUGUGCAAAGGAGAAUUAAAAAAAACCGAUAUUCGGUAUGCAGUAAUUCAACUUAUGUUUACGCACAAAUGAUUUAUAAAAUAAAAAGAAUAAUGUCAGCGAAGGUUAUAUGAAAAGAUUUAAUUGGAGUGAACAUAUCAAGUGGCUGAUAGAUUUGAGAGUUGCAAGUAACGAUUUUAUUUAAUUAGAGAAAAAUAUAGACUGAAAAACAUUGGCAGUAUUUUAAAACAACUUUACAUUUGAAUAAUAAAAAUAACAAUUGAAAUGAAAGCAAGAUACAUGUAUAAUAAUACAGAUACGGAUCUUUUAAUUAUUUAUUAAUUAAUAGUGCUUUUCGUAAAAGUAUUUGAUGCUUCUUUUUACAGAUAUUAUUUUAGAAAUUGUUAAUGCAGAAUAUACUGAGUGACACUCGAAUUACGCGGUUAUUUAAAAUUUUUUAUUUUAGUUAAGAUUGAUAAACACGAGCAUACAUAAGUGCAUGUUUAUUACAUCCAUAUACGAGUUUCUUAUUUAAGAAAUUGAAAUUCGAUGUACGUGUAGCUGGCUCUACAGAUUAAGAAUCAAAUCUCGAAAUAUAACCUCCUGCAUUUUUUUCAGAAGAUACCAUUAACUAGUGAUAUGUAGCAAAGCCUUGUAAUAUUCAAAAUCCUAAGAAAAAUUGUUUAUGUAUACGAAUGUCCGUGUACAGUAAGUUCCUGUUGCAUGUUUUAUGCAUGUAAUAUAUAUACAGUGUAUAAAAUGUUUCACUUUUCUAUGUUGCAUUUAACGUAAAUACAUAUUUUCAAAAUAAAAACAUAAUAUUUUGUCAGAGCA